AUGCCUUCCUCACUGAGUCCCCCCUUUGCCAGCUCGCCCUCCCGUCUUCGUUCUUUUGGCGGGCUGAUCUUUCCUCAUCCUCACUUAGUCUUUUCUCGCGCCGACUCGCCCUCCCGUUCGCUCUGUGCGGUCCUUUAUUCCCCUUCCCUAGCUUCGUCUUCGAUUGCGCCCAUGCCUUACGUCGGUGAAGACACCAUCCUCAGAUUUCAGGACGCGUUCGGCCGCGAUGACCAAUCGCUCCGCCGAGUCUACGCAUCCUCCUUGAGGAGUCUCUACCCCCACCUUUUUUUCACUUACGAGCCCAGGCCCCACAACAUAUUUGUCACAGAGUCCGGCCAAGUCUUCACCUCGCCUUCCUCCACCUAUCUGCCUCCUAUACCCCGCCGUCUAUCAGACGAAAACAUUCCUACCGUGCAAGGGUUAGGGGUUAGGGUUAGGGUUAGGGAGGCACUCGACGACGAGCGCAGCGAGUCGGAGAGUGACUAG